AUGGCGGAGGCUUCCUUUGGGAGUUCGAGCCCGGUUGGCUCUCUGUCUUCGGAGGAUCACGACUUUGACCCUACGGCAGAAAUGUUGGUCCACGAGUUUGAUGAUGAAAGAACUUUAGAAGAAGAGGAAUACAUGGACAGAGAGAAAAACUUCAGUGCCGAGAUAGCAGAUUUGGAGAAGGAGGGGAAUAUGCCUUUGGAAGAGCUGCUGGCUAUGUAUCGCUAUGAGGCUUCAGUAAACGCUGGGGCUGGAUCCAGUAUGGACAGCUCCUCCGGUGAACUGACCGAUGACCUUCCAGACAUGACACUAGAUAAGGAGGAGAUAGCAAAAGACCUCCUCUCUGGGGACUAUGAGGAGGAGACACAGUCGUCAGCUGACGAUUUGACUCCCUCUGUCACCUCUCAUGAAGCCACCGAUUUCUUCCCCAGAACUCUCAGAUCCAACACUACGUACGACGGUGAUAAGGAAUCUGAGGGAGAGGAGGACGGCGUAAGCCCUGAGGACUCUAGAAAGGAGAUAAUGGUCGGAUCCCAGUAUCAGGCCGAGGUUCCCGCUGGCCUCAGCUGCUAUGAGGAGGGUGAAAAGGCGUAUGAGGAAGAGGACCAGUUGCUGUGGAGCCCCGGUGUGUUGUCGGAGAGUAAGGUGAAGGACUACCUUUGUGAAGCGUUAACUCAGUCUACAGACGGGAGAACGGAGAACAUAGUGUCGGGAGGACAUGUCCGAGACAACGAGCAGGCUUUGUAUGAGCUUGUGAAGUGUAACUACAACACACAGGAAGCACUGGAGAGAUACUGCAGUAAUGUGAAAUCAUCGAAAGAAGAUUCACCACCGUGGUCUGAAGAUGAAUGCCGAAACUUUGAACACGCUCUUCAAAUAUAUGACAAGAACUUCCAUCUCAUUCAGAAACACAAGGUCCAGACCCGGACAGUUGCAGAGUGUGUCGCCUUCUACUACAUGUGGAAGAAGUCCGAGCGUUUCGACUACUUUGUUCAGCAGAACCGAUUCGGAAAGAAAAAAUACAGCAGUUAUCCUGGUGUGACAGACCUGAUGGACAGGUUAGUGGAUGAAGCAGAAGGUCUGGCGGUGGAUGGCACAUCGUCGUUGUGUUCGGGCGCUGGGGGAGGGAGGAUGGAGGUAUCGGCGGAGCAGCAGCUGGGCCUUCUCAACACCAUCACUGCCAGUGACCUGACAGCUCUCAGUAACAGCGUAGCUACUGUGUGCAACCCGGCAGAAGUGAACUGUUUGGAGUCUACCUAUUUCCCUCCUCUGGAGAGCUUACACCGCGGAGCUUUGAAUCACGAGGAACCGUUGGGCUUCGCCACAAACGGAGAAACGGAGUGCCUGAACGCACUGGGCGGUUCGGGAUUCUACCGCUCGGACCUGAACCAGAUCAGCGUGUGCGGCAGCAAGGACUGCGAAAGGCCCUCCAAGAGACUGAAAAUGGGCCUUCCGGAACCCUUCAUCAACGACGUGUCCGUCGCCAAUCUGGGCGUUGACUUUGACGGACGGUGCGGGACACACCGCAUCACGGGCGCCAAGAUGGCGGUGUCGGUCACGGACUUCGGCAGCAUAGCGGGCGGGGAAUCCAACGGUUUCAUUGGCUCCCACCCACGACACCACCAACACACCGCUCUACAGUCAGAGUGACUUCUCUCAAAAAACCACCA